GGUUACCUCAGCAGCAGAGGACAUUCAGGAUGACCUCUCACUUCAGUGUAUGCUGUCAGAUUGUUAUCUUGUUUUUGUGUCACGCAGUUUGUGGCACUGAGAUUUCCUGUAGAAAUGAAGCUGGUGAACCUGUUGAUUGGUUUAUCAUCUACAAGCUGCCCAGGUGUAAGAUCGGCGAGGUGGGCAGUGGUGUGGACUACAUGUACCUGGACUCUUCAGUCAAGAGCUGGCAGAUGAGUAAAUUCAUGAUUAACAUCAGUCAAGGAGCCGUCGCGAACACACUCAACCAGAUUUACGUGGGUGAGGCCUACAAGUCUAACAACUCAGCCUAUGCACUCUACAAUGAUGCUCCACCAUUCAUGGAUUACAUCCAAAGCUAUGGACACACUAAAGGGGGGCUGCUCUUUGACCGCUCUCAAGGUUUCUGGCUGUCGCACACCGUUCCCCAUUUCCCCUCGUUCCCGGAGAGAGGCUACCUUUACCCCUCCUCCGGCAAAGUCAAUGGCCAGACUGCUCUGUGUAUGACCUACCAGUAUGAACAGUUUCUCCAUGUAGCAAAGCAGCUGGUGUAUCUCUACCCACGUUUCUAUAACUGCUCUGUACCGGCUGCGUUCUCGGCUGACCUGCCUCAGUUGGCCCAGUUAUGUGACGGCUCCAAACCACUGCUGACCUCCGAUAAGAGAGCGCAGCAGCUCGUCUCAGUCCAGGGAGAAAAGUUUGUCAGUUUUGUCAAAUCAGAACACUUCGUAGAUGAUAUCUACACAGGCUGGGUGGCUCAGGUCCUGAAUGCCGACCUGCUGGUGGAGUCGUGGCAGAGGCAAGGUCACGAUCUGCCCUCCAACUGCUCCCUGCCCAAACACGUCAUGAACAUCAAGAGGGUUCAUCUGCCGGGAUCGGUCCCGUUCGAGUCCUACUACGACCACUCCAAGUGGUGUGUGUCACAGGGUUACGACAACAACGUGACCUGCCUGGGGGACAUGAACAGGGAGACGACCCAGCUGAGGCGUGGCGGGGGGCUGAUCUGCUCCUUCAACCCCCUGAUUUACAGGGCUUUCAGACAGGUGGUGGACUGGUACAUUAGCUGUUGAUUGAGAGAGACGGACAGAACGAUGUGGACUCUGUGAGUCUGACACUCGGAGGUUUUAAUAGGUUUUGAAUCUGUGCAGGUGUAGGCAUCCCUUUAAAGGUGUGUAGGUUUAAGGUGGAUCUAUCAGCAGACAUUCAAUUUGAUGUUCAUUAUAACUUCAGUGUCUUAUAACCUAAAUCUAAGAGAUGUUGUGUUGCCUUAGAAUUAGUUCUUUAUCAUUACAUAGGGGGCAGGUUGUUUUCCACAGUGUCUGCCAUGUUGCACCACCGUGUUUCUACAGAAGUCCAGAGUGGACAAAUCAUGUACUGGAUCUAAAGGUCUAGAGGUCCUUUCACGGUUUUAUUGACUUUAAGGUUUCCGUAGUUUCCCCUCUGAGGUGAGGGGUAUCCGUUGGUUGCAGUAUCAUAUUCCACCACUAGAUAUCACUGUGCCUUACAACCUUUUAAAAAGCUACAAGAAAUAUUUUACACAUUAGCUUCUUUAAGAGCUGCUACGCUGAGUGUAUCUUAGCCAAGUACACUCAUGUGGUUAAGAUAUCACAGUUAAACAUCCCUAUUGUAUUUUACAGUGAUUCUUUCUGUCAUAAAGCAAAAAAGUUUUUUGUGCAAC